UCAUGGGUGCGCACACGCUUCUCACCCCGGUUGUCAGCAAGAUCUUCUGCAGCUGCCUGCAGGCCGUGCUCCUGGUCCGUCGCCGUCCCCCCGCCGUGACCGGAGGCGGCUUCGUCGUCACCGACCGCGAGCAGAGGGUCGUCUUCAGCGUCGACGGCUGCGGCAUCAUCGGCGCCAGCGGGCAGCUCGUCGUCAGGGACGGCGACGGCACGGCCAUCCUCUUCAUCCACAAGAAGGGAGGAGUCGUCCAAGCGCUGAGCGUUCACAACCGGUGGAAAGGGUAUCUCAUGGACUACGGCGAGCCCAGCAAGCCGGUGUUCAGCUUACAGGAACCGAAGACGGUGCUCAGCUGCGCGGCGGGCGACGUCCGGGUCACCGUCGAACCCAAGGGGAGGAAGCGGCACUGGGACUACGAGGUCACGGGAUCCUUCGCCCACAGGGCUUGCGCCGUCAGGAGCCGCACAGGCCACGUCGUAGCACAGAUUGGAGUGAAGGGGAUGAUGGCUGGCAGGGACUUCUACCAUGUGGUGGUGCAGCCGGGCUAUGACCAGGCCUUUGUGAUUGGCGUAAUUGCCAUCCUCGACAACAUGAAUGGGGAAUCCACAAGGUGUUAAUGCUACAAAGUGGGAGCAAUGAGCUGAUCACACUUAGUCGUGGGACCGAUAAGAUUGUGUUGCCAAUUUGUUUAAUUAUCUUGAUUGAUUGAUUGUUGGGCCGCUAUAUUUGCUCCGUCUCAAUGGUAGUCUGGAGGUGAAAGUACUGUAAAUUGGUGUAAAUUAAGGUUGAGUUUGUUGAACAAGCAAAUGGUAUGUGUAUAGUGUUGCAUAUCUUGCGAACAUGCUCCUCAUGUUUGCCUAUGCCCUAGAAUGAGUUGGCUGGGU